GGAAGCUGACGGCGGUUGGAAAUGGAGUCGGAGGGGGCGGGGUGCAGCGGGAGGGAGCAGUGAUGUUUGGAGGCUUUUUUUUAAUAUAAAAUUAUUUAUUUAAAUAAAAAUGGCCGCCGUGGAGAGCGGAGAGGAGAGACUAGAGGAGCGGGGAGAAGGUGAGGAGGAGCCUGUCGACCCCCAGGCCCCCACCAGAGAGAGGGAGAGGUCGCACAGCAAGACCAAGAAGACCCGCAGAGAGCGUCGCCAUGCCGACAGGGGCUCCGAGGCCACGGCUUCAGCGGAGCAACAGGCGGGGGCGGAGUCAGAGACCCAGGUGUCGGAGCCGGUGGCGGGCCCCUCGGACCCGGGCUCGGCCCUGGGCUCGGAGUCGGCCGGGUCUCCCAGGCAGCGGCGCUCCAUCAUUCGGGACCGCGGCCCGCUCUACAACGACCCGUCGCUCCCCGAGGGCUGGACCCGCAAACUGAAACAGAGGAAGUCCGGACGCUCUGCUGGGAAGUUUGACGUCUACCUGAUCAACUCGGAAGGAAAGGCCUUUCGUUCCAAGGUGGAGCUUAUUGCCUACUUCCAGAAGGUUGGUGACACGACCACUGACCCUAAUGAUUUUGACUUUACUGUCACCGGGCGUGGAAGCCCCUCCCGCCGCGAGAAGCGCCCCCCAAAGAAACCAAAGGUUGUAAAACCGUCGGGGCGAGGUCGUGGGCGGCCGAAAGGAAGUGGGAAGAUGCGGCAGGCUACAGAGGGCGUGGCCAUGAAGCGCGUGGUUGAGAAAACGCCAGGCAAGCUGCUAGUGAAGAUGCCCUUUGGGAAGGCAGAGUCGUCCGGCUCCACCUCCACGGCCUCAAAGGUGGCGUCUCCGGCCCUGGUGCCCAAGUCGCGUCCUGGCAGAAAGAGGAAAUCUGAGCAGGAGCCCCCCCCGCCGCAGACCGCCCCCAAGAAACGAGGCCGGAAACCGGCGUCCGCCUCAGCAGCGUCAUCGCCCGCCACAGCGUCCACGUCCUCCGCUGCCGCCUCCGCGAGCUCGGCCGCCGGGAGCUACGCCGCGGCCGCCAUCUUAGCUGCCGAGGCCAAGCGGAGGGCGGCCAAGGAGUCUUCCACCAAACCCGUGGUCCAGGAAACGGCCCUGCCCAUCAAGAAGCGCAAAACGCGGGAGACGGUGGAGGAGGCGGAGAGCGUUCCGACUCCAGCGGCUACGACGGGCGAGCCCGGGAGGAGGCCGACCACGGAGGAGGCCGGCGCGGCCGAGGGAGGCCCGAGCUCCGAGCCUCGGCCCGCCUCCUCCGAACACGGCCAAUCACAAUCACAGAAGCAGCCGUCUGCUCCAGACGACGGCCAAUCACACGGACACAAGGCGCACAAGGGGCGUAAACACAAGGAGAAAACAGGAGUCGGAUCUGGAGACGGAGGAAGUCGAGGGGACGAAGUACGUGAAGACGUGGGCGAUAAGGGGGGAGGAGGAGGGGGAGGAGCCGUGAGGAGUAGCAGUAGCAGCAGUAGCAUUAGCAUUAGCCCGUCAAAAAGCCACAAACGGAAGGAGCGACCACCUCACAAGCACCAUCACCACCACCACCACCACCACCACCACCACCGUCACCAACAGUCUUCAGCCUCCACGUUGGAUCAGCCUCCUCCUCCUCCUCCUCCUCCUCCUCCUCCUCCUCCUCCUCCAGUCUCUGGACACCCAGCUCCCUCCAGCCAGUCCAGACCUGAUGUUGAGCCCCAGACUUUGACUCAACUCCCCCCUCAACACUCUCAGCCCCAACAACCGCCGGCCCCCAGACCACAGUCCCUGCCUGACCCUCGGCCCCCCGCCCCUCAGCCACGCCCCCCGCCCCCGCCCCCGCCCCCGCCCCAGUCACAGGGCCAGACCCGAUACCCGGCGCCCCAGUCCUCCCCCGCAAGACAUGUCCAACCCCAGCCACGCCCCCAACAGCCGCCAACGCACCCCCACAGUCAGGCCUCCAACCAGAAAGCCCAGUCACAGCCGGUCCAGGCCCCGCCCCGCACACAGCACGCCCCGCCCCCCCAGCCCCCGUCGGUCCUGCCCCUUCAUCCGCCCCAAACCAGGCAUCCGCCGCCACAGACCCAGCCCCCCCCCGCAGCGCAGCCUCAGACCCAGCCUCGCCACUCGCCUCAAAGCCAGACCCAGCUCAAGGUCCAGUCUCAGCCCCAGGUCCAGCCCCAGGCCCAGGCCCAGGCCAGGACCCCGGCCCACGUUCAGAGUCAGGCCCAGUCCAGAUUCCCGACCCAACCUCAGUCUCAGUCGCAGCAUAGGACCCAAGCCCAGAUGCAGCAUCAGCCGCAGUCCAGGCCCCCGGCGCAACCGCAGCCUCCAGCCAGGCACCAGCUCCAGACUCAGUACAGACCCCAGCCCAGACAGUCUGUGUCCCAGCCGAGGCCGACCCAGUCCCAAGCACAACCACACCUUCAGCGGGUUCAAAGUCAGCUCCGCCCCCAGUCCCACGCCCCGCCCACCAGGCCGCAUGUGCAGCACCACCCACCCCACCCACCGUCCUCCAGUCUAACCAGGACCAACCUCGCCCCUGCUCAGCAGAACCUGAGCGAACAGCCCCAAGACCUGAGCACCACGCGGCCCGGCAGAGGAGGACCCGCCCUCCCGAGCCGCGAGGUGGGCGUGGCGGAGGGGCGGGGGGAGCCGGCCGUCACGCCGGAGAGGAGGGAGGUUCUAGGAGGGGACAGGGGGUCAAACAGCACCUCCAAGCCCCCCGGCUCCACGCCCCCCGGGCCUCCUGGAGGAGCCGGGGCCGGGCUCGUGCCCGGGGCCGAUGGUAGGGCCCGACUCCGGGCGGAACCAGAGGCCGCCGGGGAGGGCAGGGAGCUCAGAGACAUCGUCCCCCAGUCGGCCGUCCCCUGUCCCAGCCGGGAGGAGACGGUAGAGUCACGGACUGCCGUCUCUGAGAGGGUCAGCUGAUCAGGAUGAGGAGGCGUUUGGUUUUUACACUGUUUUCAGACAGAAGGGAAGCGGCUCAGAGCUGGAAGGACUUCACGGCUCCGACUCGGCCUGGUUCUGUCUGGAGACGCUGUACAAGGUCAACCUGGGACGGAUAGAGACUUUUUCUAGGAAAAACUAAAAUGAAAGGAAAACCCGAUAAAAAAGUGUGUGUGUACAUAUAAUCAAAAGGCAGCUGUCGUGUCCCGCUAGUCUCCGUGGGGAGGGGGGAGUAGUUUGGAACUAAAACGCUUAACAACUCAUUACUCUGAAGGAACCGUUGCUUCCUGAAUAUAACCUGUUCUUUUUUUGUUUUGUACUUUGAUAGUUUUUGUUUUGUCUCCGUUAUCCAGCUUUAAACUCUGAUGUUAUUGACUGACAGUCCCCGACCCGACCCCCCGUCUCCAAAACCUUCUCCCUGACCCGACUGUCCCCCUUUUCUGAACCUGGUUCUCGACUGAAAGCCUCAGAGGUGAAGUGGGCGGCGGUUUGCACCUUAAGCCUGUUUCUUAGACAUUUAUUUUCUUGCCCGUUUUCCAUGAAGCCCUCGUUCUCCAGCCACUUCCAGGCAGAUUCUGACCUGAGACUCUGGGACAGGAUGAUUCCUCCGAUCAGACUCAAACAAAUCAGACCUCCUCAUUGGUUCCUCAACUAUUCCCAACAAAGCAACUCGUUCUUCCAGGGUUCUUCCGUUCAGGUCUUCAUGAAUUUGUUUGUUUCGGUCGUCGUUUGUUUCCAAAGGAAGCACUUUUUAAGUCAAACCAAACCCACUUCUCCAGUAGCUUUACUUUAGUUUUUUUUUUUUUUUUUUUUUGUGGGAAAAGACUCAUUUUUAUUGUGUCUUCAUGUUGAAUGUCUGGAACAGUUUGCACUCCUCCAGUUUGUACAAUCAACCGCCUGCAUGUCGCCCAGAGACACCGCAGGUCUUCAACCGGAGCGCAUGUACGCAGAGGUCGGACCGCCCGGGACCGGGUCCGGGACCGGCGUCCGGCCCGGGACCGGCGCCCCGUUCAGCUUCAGGUGGACUUAGAUUCUGCCGGUUGCCAACAUAAAGUUCUGGUAAAGUUCAACUCAGUUUAAUUUCUAUAGCGUCACAAAAUCAGGCCUGAAACCUCCAGAGCAGCAUGAAGGAAAAACUCCCAGAACCAGAACCAGAACCGGGGCUGGGUGUCAUUUAAACAUUUUGAUACCAGUACCGAUACCGGUACAGAUAUCCUUAAAACGAUACCGAUGUAGUACUUCAUCCGAUUCUUUAUUUUUUUUACUUCGAUCAGCUGUUGGGAUGUGGAGCAGCGGUGACAUUAAAGGUUUUUACGCUGAUACGUUUAGAAAAUGAUGAAAUUACUGAUAUUUUUAUAACUGAACAAACCUGCACAACGAGGUAUUAUCUGUCAUCACAGCCAUGAACCGUCUCCUCAUCUUCUCGCCCUGUUUUAGACCUUGACACCUGAGGUUUGGUGACGUUUUCUAAUUCAGACGCUGAAAUAAAAAAUGAUGAAUAAAAUAUUUAAAUUAAUUCAAUUAAAACGUGUUUUAACUUUAGAAAAUAUAAACACAAAUAAAUGAAUGAAUCCACCAAAAUAAAUAUUGGUUCAUUCAUUUAGUUCAGACCUGUUCAGUCUGAUGCUUCCAGGUCCUGAUCAGCUUCGUUCUGCUUUUGCAUUUUUAUUUCCCAAAGCGUUUUUAUUUCUGCUCCGAAGUUUGAGGAGCAGAAAAUCACAGGAAACGUGAAACGAAAAAUGCAAAGACAGCAUGAACGUAAUCGAGCUGAAGCUGCCUCCACCUCUGCGUACCUGACUCCACCCGCCCCGUUCGCUUCAUGCAGAAAAACCAACGUCCCUCCACAGGACUGGACCGGCGCCAACAGUAACCAGCCUCCAUAUUGCAUGUUCCAGAGUUUAGUGCCUAUAAUAUUGUGCGUCUUGCCAGGAGCCACCAUGUCAGCGAGCCAUGUUGUGUUUCUAGAUUAGUAGUGAUGUGUGUGGUGACUUCAUAGUUGCUAAUGUUGAGGAUGAAUAUUCUGCUUUUACUCUGGUUGGAUUCAGUGGAAACUUCAAUACACUGUCGCUGUAGACAAACUAGUUUUUACCUGUUUUCUUAUUUUUCUUUCUAACUAAAAGCGUUUCUGUCCCCUCA